AUGCUGCUUCUCCUUCUGAUCUCAAGUGCUUUUCUCCUGCCCUGGGCUGGGGCUGGAAGGAUCAUUGGUGGGAAGGAAGUUAAACGCCACUCCAGACCCUACAUGGCAUAUUUACAUAUACAAGUUUUAUAUCCGUCUAGCCGAAAGGCUUAUUCAUGUGGAGGGUUCCUGAUUGGCCCAGAUGCAGUGCUCUCAGCAGCUCACUGUGUGGAUAAAAACGGGACAGUGAGGGUCACUGUGACUCUGGGAGCCCACAACAUCAGCGUUCGAGAACGGAGCCAGCAGAGGAUCCCUGUUGAACGCUGGGUCACCCCUCCCAAAUAUUCCAGUGAUGGCCACAUAAAUGACAUUGUGCUGCUGAAGCUGAAGACAAAGGCCAAGAUCAAUAAGAAUGUGAAACAAAUCGCCUUUUCCGGGAGCAAUGAGCGUGUGACAGUAGGAACUAAAUGCAGUGUGGCUGGCUGGGGCUGGACGGCUGUGGAAGGUCGUGGCAGUGAUGUGUUGAUGGAGGUGGAACUGAAGGUGCAAAAUGACGAACCAUGUAAGCAGCUAUUCCAUAACUACCUGCGUCAUUCCAUGAUGUGCGUUGGUGAUAAGAAAGGCAAAAAGACAACUUACGAAGGUGAUUCUGGUGGCCCAUUUGUCUGCAAUCAGAAGGCUUAUGGCAUUGUUUCUCGUGGAGUUGGGACAAGACCUUUCCCUAAGGUAUUCACCAGAAUCUCGUAUUUUGAGCCCUGGAUACGUGAGCAGCUGAGGAAGUUUGCACUCCAAGAGCUGCCUGGCUCUCCAUCCUCUGACUAAAAUGCUCAAUGUCCCUUCUCCACAAUGCAUCAAACACCUGCUGGUCCUCAGAAGCUCCCAGGGGCAGCUGAACUGGGCUCAGAGAAGCCCCCAUGGUGCAGGCACAGGCUUUUGCAGUAAGGAGAGUCUCCAUGGCAAAGUGAAAAUGCAGGUCCCAAGUACACACAGCUUCCCAUUGUUCCCUUUCUGCCACUGCUGCUGCAGCUCUGCUUUCUGGCCAUCAAUAAAGGCACGUUCAAACUUG